ACCUCCACCGGCCAAGCGGCCAAGGACAGCGCGUCCAAGUCGUCGGCUCCUACGAAAGCUCCGGCGAAGACGUCAAGCGGCCGAGCGACUGCGGACAGCGCCUCCAAAUCAUCGGCUUCUACGAAGGCUCUGGCGAAGGACGCCGAGCUCGCUGCAUCUCUCGCAGCGGCCGACGAGGGCAGGCCGCCUCGCAGAGCAGCCAGUAAGGCUGCGAACUACGCACCCGACGUAGACAAGGACGGCAACCCGCUUCCAAAGGCGCGUAGCUCUGCCGCGGCGGCCGGACCGUCAGCCGAUGUGCGCACGACACGCCAGCAGGAGAGUAGUGCAGCCACUUCGGGAAGGACGCAAGCGGCGGAUGGACGUCGGACCAAGCAGCGCACGAUUGUGCUCAGCUCGGAAGAUGAGUCGUCCGGUGGUGAAGAGGCGAAGGGAGCGAAGGUCAGCGACAAGCCGCAACUCAAGCGCCGCCAAGGCUCAGAGCACCGUGUCGAGAUCGAGCCAUCCCAGCGAGGCGAACGCCCCCAAGGGCUCGACCUCGUCAAAGCGCGGCCGUGCAGAGAACGACGACGACGAGACGGACGAAGACGAGCGUGUUCAGCCUAACAGACGCCGCCCAGUGCCAGCGAAGGCAACUUCAGGCAGCGCACGAAGCGCGAAAGAUGCGCAGGCCAGCAGUCGUGCGUUCGUCAUUGCCGACGACGCGCCGGACAGUGGCGAUGGCGAGGAUCGCGAGGGCGACAGCAGUGCGCACGAAGACGAUGCAGCGCGCGCUCGGCAGCCAGAGGGCCGUGGCCAACGCACCAAGAAGCCGUCGAGCCGCCUUGAGGCGACUAACGCCGGAGCUCAGGCAAGCUCGAAAGGCGAUCAGUCUCGGGCCGGUUCCAGCAGAUCGGCCGCGCUGGUGUGCGUCGAAGUAGACGUCUCGCGCCCGGCGAAUCGCUCCGCUGCAACGAAGAGCACGGCUGCGACAGGCCGCACGGAGCCGGCGUCCCGCCUGCCGCUGAAGGCCGGCGGCAAGGAUGGCCCAGCUGCGCAGCCCGUCGAAGUCGCACAAGCCGCGGCCUCGGAGGCGCAGAGCGCAAAGGCCGGCGCUGAGAGAUCCAAAGCGGCCAGAACGUCGCCGCGCAAACGCAAGGCGUCGCCUGCGAAAGCCUCGCCUGCGAAGGCCCCACCGCGCAAAACCGCGCGCAGGGGCGCCAAGACGGUGCCGGACUCUGACGCGGAUGAGGCAGAAGAGGACGAUGAGAUGGCGACGCCGGAGCAGCCCGUCAGCGCGCCCAAGACGCCUGCUGCUGCCGUUGUGGCAUCUCCGUUCAAACAAGCAGACACCCCGUCGGCUGGUUCGUCAGCUGACGCUGGCGCGAGCACGAUGCUGCGUACACCUGCGAGCAAGAGCACGGCCGGGUCCAAGGCCGGCGAUCUGCACAACGCGGCCGAAGCCACGCGCUCAUCGCUGGCGAACCGUCCGUUCAAGACGCCCACGAUGAGCAGGACUGACGGCGAGUCUGCGGGCGGCUCGAGUCUGCGGCGCUCUUUCAGCGGCAAACCCUUAGCUGCGCUGGUCGGCGCUUCCGGUGGCCACCGUCGGCCGGGCCUCGGCAAGCGUAGCUUUGUGCCGCCCCUGCACGCCAACCGCAAGGCCGCACCUGCGCCGCGGGCACCUCUGCUUGUCAAGAAGACCAAGGCAGAAGAGCGCGCCGAGGCCGAGCUGAUGCUCGACUCCGACGAGGAGCGCGAGCGCGCUGCCGAGACGCCGUCGCAGCGCAUGCGUCGCAGGAUUCGCGAGGCGGAGGAAGAGCCCAUGGAGCCGCCGGCCGGCUGGGCCACCGCCAAGUCGAAGCCGGGCGCAGAUGCGGGCCACUCGCGCAGCGCGGAUCUGAGCUGGGGCGGCGACGAGGGCGCCGACCACGCCGUCGAAGACUACGACUAGCCGCCAGGCCUUCAUCACGGGGCCUCGCUGGCCGGCGCUUUCACCACUCUCUCUCCUCUCUCUCCAUCAUGUACAUCACGAUACCACGUGUGCAACCCACAGUUUUCCAUUGCCGUGG